AUGCACGUGAUAGCAUGCGCUUUGUUUGUCCUCCACAUGAACACUUGGUCCCAGGCUGAGUCCUGUCCUGAUGCAUGUGAGUGCUCAGAGUGGAAGAGCCACACAAUCUCCUGUGCUGACAUAGAGAGGCUCCCCGAUUUCCCUGCAGGCACAGAGACACUAUGGCUUUUCGAGACGCGCUUGUCCUCGGUGCCGUCAGAUGCUUUUGCCGACGUGGUCAACAUCUCGCGUAUAUAUAUAUCGGUGGAUGUCACCCUGCAGAGGCUGGAAAGACACUCGUUUCACGGCCUGAAGAAGAUCACCCACAUAGAAAUACGCAAUGCGAAGAGUUUAACCUACAUUGACCCCGAAGCGUUUAAAAAUCUCCCAAACCUGAAAUACCUGGGUAUUUUCAACACAGGCCUCACAGCCUUUCCCAACCUGAGCAACAUCCACUCCAGUGACAACAAUUUCAUCCUGGAAAUUGUAGAUCAUCCCUACAUGACUGUGAUCCCGCCUAACUCCUUCCGUGGCAUCACCAGCGCCCUACUGACAGUGAUGCUUUAUGGAAACGGCUUCAGGGAGAUCCAGCAUCACGCGUUCAACGGGACCAAGCUCGACCAAGUAGACCUCCACAGGAACAAGUAUUUAACCACGUUGGACGAAAGAGCGUUUGUCGGCACCGUGAGCGGGCCCAUGCUCCUAGACGUGUCCCAGACAGGUAUCACCUCCCUGCCCACCGACGGCAUGGAGUCCCUCAGAGAGCUGAAGGCACGCAACGCCUGGAGCCUCAAGAAACUGCCGCCCAUCAAAACCUUCAAGCAACUCACCACUGCCAACCUCACCUACCCCAGCCACUGCUGCGGCUUCAAAAAUCUCAAAAAGAAACGCGGGGUAUUGGAGUAUAUAAUCUGCAACCUGACGGCGUUCUAUGACCAGCAUCACAAGCGUUCCGUGGCGUCCCUCCACACGCCUUCCCUCCAAGGCGCUAUCGAAGAGGUCCCGGAAGAGCCGAGCGACGGCGGCCACAGAGGCGACUUCCACGGCAGCCUUCAUUACCACGCCUAUUUUGGCGGCCAUACGGAUGAAAAUGUCGGGUUCGGCGAGACCCUGAAGAAUCCCCAGGAGGACGCCGGUCCAGACUUUGAUAACCGCUACGAUUACGUGGUGUGCGAGGAGGGCGAGGAGGUGACGUGCGCGCCGGUGCCCGAUGAGUUCAACCCCUGCGAGGACAUUAUGGGCUUUGCCUUCCUGAGGGUGUCGGUGUGGUUUGUGAGUCUCCUGGCUGUUCUCGGAAACGUGCUGGUGCUCCUGGUGCUGCUCACCAGCCACUACAAGCUCUCCGUGCCGCGCUUCCUCAUGUGCCACCUGGCCUUUGCCGACCUCUGCAUGGGGAUUUACCUGCUGCUCAUCGCCUCGGUGGACGUCCACACGCGCGCCGAGUACUUUAACCACGCCAUCGACUGGCAAACGGGUCCCGGCUGCGCCCUCGCCGGGUUCUUCACCGUGUUUGCCAGCGAGUUGUCAGUCUACACUCUGACGGCGAUCACGCUCGAAAGGUGGUACGCCAUCACCUUUGCGAUGCGGCUCGACCGGAAGCUUCAUCUUCACCACGCGGCCGCAGUCAUGCUCGGGGGAUGGAUCUUCUGCCUCCUCUUGGCGUUGCUUCCUCUCGUCGGGGUCAGCAGCUACCAAAGGGUCAGCAUCUGCCUACCGAUGGACAUCCAGUCCACCGAGGCGCUGGUCUACGUCAUCUCUGUGUUGGUCCUUAACGUCAUAGCCUUUCUGGUGAUCUGCGCUUGCUAUGUCAAAAUCUACUGUGCCGUGCAUAACCCUCAAUACCGUUCCGGAUCGAAGGAUACGAAUAUCGCAAAACGCAUGGCUGUUCUCAUCUUUACUGACUUCCUGUGCAUGGCGCCGAUUUCCUUCUACGCCAUGUCAGCAGUGUUGGACCAUCCGCUCAUCACAGUCUCCAACUCCAAGAUUCUACUCGUGCUCUUCUACCCACUCAACUCCUGCGCCAACCCCUUCCUUUACGCUAUCUUCACCAAGGCCUUCCGAGGGGACGUCUUCAUCCUCCUCAGUAAAAUCGGUCUGUGUCAGCGGCGAGCUCAGCUGUUCCGAGGUCAGACCGUUUCUUCAAAAGGCAGCAGCGGGACAUGCCAAGUCCGUAAAGACAGGGACAAGUUGGGGAAAAGUCCGGAUAACGCCGCUAUUCACCUGAAGAAGUGCCCGGGGUGCACUUACCACCCGGUGGUUGGCCGGCGGGCGGAACCUGAGGAGAACCAGAACCUGGAAACGUGAGCUGAACACCGGCCCAACCUCUUUAGAGGAAGAAGACCUUGAAGUGUUUUCCGGCGGGUCUGUUGGAAUAU